AUGCAUUCUUAUGCUAUUAAAUUAUCUGCAGGAAUUGAAGCUAGAGGAUUCCUGUUUGGUCCAUCUAUCGCGUUAGCCAUCGGUGCAAAGUUUGUUCCAUUAUGUAAACCUAGAAAGUUGCCAGGCAAAGUUAUAUCAGAAGAUUAUGAGCUAGAGUAUGGUACUGAUUGUCUGGAGAUGCAUAUCGAUGCGGUGAAGCCUGGGGAACUGGCGGUUGUGAUUGAUGAUUUGGUAGCUACGGGUGGGACCCUCUCUGCAGCAAUAAAACUUUUAGAAUGUAGGGGGGCUGAAGUGGUUGAAUGUGCUUGUGUUAUUGGGUUGCCUGAUGUCAAGGGACAAUCGCGACUAAAUGGAAAACCACUUUAUAUGCUCGUGGAACCACGGGAAAUGGAACAUGGCUGUUCAGAUGUGUGA